UUUUGUGAGGGAAGAGGCGAGGCGGGGAGGCCGCCCCUCCAGAGCCCCGCGGACGGGCCGAGAAGCGGCGCCGGCGCGGACCCAGGUAACGGGAGGGCGGGUGGGAGGAGCGAGGCCCGCCGCCCCUUCCCCCCCUCCGCCGCCGCCGCCUCACGGCGCCGUUGCCUGACCGGCCGCCGCUCUCCUUUCUCGCCCCUCAGCCGCCCGCGAGAGCCGUUGGACGCCCCUGAGGGAGGAGCCGGGGGGGGCACCAGAGCCUGGCAGGCGCCGGGACCUCCCGCCCUUCGGAGGACACGCCCUUCGGCGGACACGCCCCGCCCCCUUUUGCUGUGUCUUCGGGGCGCCUUCCACGUGGGACUCCUCGGGGCAGAGCCUGUCGGCGCCACCCCCAGCGGAGCUCUGCUUGGGGAGGGGGCGCCUCCUCUCCCUUCCCCACCCCUUUCGGGGACGCCCACUGGCCGGCCUCCACGGCUGCCGUGCUUCUGGGCCCCCCACGUGGUGCCCUGCGUGGGCCUCCCCUCACCCGGCCCCCCUGACCCCCGCCCUCCCGUGGAUGCCGGCGUCCCCCCACCCGCCGCCACCAUGGGCAAGGUGCUGUCCAAGAUCUUCGGCAACAAGGAGAUGCGGAUCCUGAUGCUGGGCCUGGACGCGGCGGGCAAGACCACCAUCCUGUACAAGCUGAAGCUGGGCCAGGCGGUCACCACCAUCCCCACCGUGGGCUUCAACGUGGAGACGGUGACGUACAAGAACGUCAAGUUCAACGUGUGGGACGUCGGGGGCCAGGACAAGAUCCGGCCGCUGUGGCGGCACUACUACACGGGCACACAAGGCCUGAUCUUCGUGGUGGACUGCGCCGACCGGGACCGCAUCGACGAGGCCCGGCAGGAACUGCACCGCAUCAUCAACGACCGGGAGAUGCGCGACGCCAUCAUCCUCAUCUUCGCCAACAAGCAGGACCUUCCGGACGCCAUGAAGCCGCACGAGAUCCAAGAGAAAUUGGGCCUGACGCGGAUCAGGGAUAGGAAUUGGUAUGUUCAGCCGUCCUGCGCCACCUCGGGUGACGGACUCUAUGAAGGGCUGACAUGGCUAACAUCUAACUAUAAAUCCUAAUGGUUACUGAAACAAAACACUAUUAUUAGUCUUCAAGAGAGUUUAGAGGAGGAAAAAUAAAUACUGUGUGGCUUCACAGAAAAGAAUUCUUCUUCAUACUAAAAUGUUCAAAAAUUAAGCAUCUGUAGGAUUAUGAUGAUUGCUCACCCUUUUUUCAGUUACCGCCCUCUUCUUCUGCGCACUUCACUGGAUCUCCAGUUUAAUGCAAUUCUUGCUUGGUGUUAAGAUGCUCUAGUCUGCAGCUGUGACUGAACACAAGCAUUUUGUUUCUGUGGCAG